AUGGCCGGGAGCGAACUUCCCCUCCACUCCGCGUCGGCACUCGCCGGCCUCAUCGAGAGCAGAGAGGCAUCUCCAGUGGAGGUGGUCGAGGCCUACCUGCAAAGGAUCGACGACCUCGACUUCAAGUUCAACUCCUUUAUCACGGUGCUUCGUGAACAGGCUCUGGAAGAGGCGAGGCAGGCCGAGAGGGAAAUCCUGGCCGGUAAUUACCGCGGUCCGAUGCACGGCAUCCCCGUGGGAAUCAAGGACCAGAUCUGGACCAAGGACAUCCGCACCACCGGCGGCUCACGCAUCCUGGCCGACUUCGUCCCCGACGACGACGCCACGGUAAUUGCCAACCUGAGGAACGCUGGCGCCAUUCUGCUGGGCAAGACCAAUCUCACUGAAUUCGCCGUCACCGGGUUCACCCACCGCUUCAGCACCCCCCGCAAUCCCUGGGACUUGAACAUCUCAGCAGGCGGCUCCAGCAGCGGGUCGGGGGCGGCCACGGCGGCCUUCCUCUGCGCCACCUCCCUGGGAGAGGACACCGGCGGGUCGAUUCGACGUCCGGCGGCCUGGUGCGGCAUCGUCGGGCUGAGGCCCGGCUGGGGACGGGUCAGCCGAUACGGGUUGAUGCGUGGCGUCUGGUCGAUGGACACCAUAGGCCCGAUCUCCCGCACCGUGGAGGACGCCGCCAUCACCCUGUCGGCCAUCGCCGGCUACGACCCCAAGGAUCCAACCACCUGGAACACUCCGGUGCCCGACUACCGGCAGGCCCUGCACGGCGACAUCAGGGGCCUGCGCGUGGGCAUUCUUACGGAGUUGCUCCACAGCGACAUGGUGGAGCCCGACGUGGCUGACGCCGUCGCGGCCGCCGCCGACACUCUGGCGGAGCUGGGCGCCGACGUUGAGGAGGUCUCCAUUCCGUUGGCGGCCCACGCCAACGCCAUCGCCGGUGCGUUGCUGGCGGUCGAGCCAGCCCUCAACAUGAAGGAAUGGGUCCGGGAGCGCCUCCACGACUUCGGCCACGAUAACCGCAUCGGACUGCUCACCGGCAGCCUGGUACCGGCCCAGGCCUACCAGAAGGCCCAGAAGCUCCGCGCCCUGCUGCGUGAGGAUGUGCUGGCCGCCUUCCGUACCUACGACGUGCUGGUGAUGCCGACCUCCGGAAGACAGGCUGUCCCAAUCCAGGACGACCCACCGGUGACCAGCAGGGAGACAUCCUCCCGGUUGCCCUUCAUGCGCACCAACACCUUCAAUCUAUCCAGCGCACCGGCCAUUUCCGUGCCCUGUGGGUUCGGGGGAAGGGGACUGCCGGUCGGCCUUCAAAUCGCUGGGCCGCCCGGCGGAGAGGAGAUGGUGUUCCGGCUGGCCCACGCCUACGAGCAGAACACCCCCUGGCACACCAUGAGACCCCCAAGUGCUGAGAUCUAG